CGCGUCCUUCCUGAUCCAGCGCGACGGAUGAGAGUCGGCCUCUCCAUCAAAAGAGGCCAGAACCCAAGUCGCGAGAGAGAAACCCGAACUAACGAACUGCAGAGAGAUGUCGGAUUCGGAACCGGAGUUCGACCCGGACCGGACUGAGGUGCUGCAAGGGAUUCUGGACUUAAUCGCAUCGGCAGGUUAUUCCCGCGCGCGAAUACCGUCCGUAUCGCCCUUCGACAAGCUCGCCGGCGGCCUCGCUUGGUGCAUCGCAGCCACCCAUGCCGUCGAUGCUGAAUUCCACGCUCUCUGUGACGAAGAUCUCACCGUCCGUGACAAAAUUAACGUUGGUGAAGUCAUCGAAGCUGCUCUACGUUCUAUGAAAUGUCCAUACCCUCUUCAAGCUCACCAGAUUCAAGGCCUUGACUAUAAAGGUGCUUAUCCCGUCGUACAAUGGGUUGUUGCUCGUGUCCUAAAAGUGCGAGCUGAGAUGGGGGAUGAGGAGAUUGAAGAGGAGACUAGUAACAUACAGCAGCUAGAAAAGGAGUUGGGUCAUGCAGAAAAUUCAAUAAAGAUGUUGCGUGCCAGUUUGAAUGAACAGGAAAGGAAGAAGGCUGAUGUUCUCAAUGAGAUACAACAUCUGAACCAGGAAAUUGAUAAAAAGGGCGCUAAUAAUGUGGUGCAAAGUUUGAUAUCACUGUUGGCAUUGUUGAAGACACUAGAAAGGAAAGAAUCUGAUUUUCGGUCCUACUGCAAACAAAAACGUUCCGAUAUGCAAGCUGAGGUGGUUGAGCUGGAGAAGAACUUAUCACAUAGCAGUGAGCGCGAAAGCCACACCAUUGAUUUUGAUCAUUCUCUCCGUGGCUUGCUGGAAAAGUUAAAUUCAGCAAAGAGUGCACUUGCAGCUAAACUAAGGGCAAAUUUGUUGCUAAAACGAAGGCUUGAUGAUGUGCCAUCUCAAACAGAAUUAAUCCAGUAUGAACGUCGUUUUUCAGAGUUAUAUGUUCAGAUCCAGGAAACGCUUCGCCAAACUCGUAAAUACUAUGCUACUUAUAAUGCUCUUGUGGAGGUUAAAGAGCUAAUGCUAAAGGAAACAUCAUUGUUAAACUCCAUAAGUUCUCAGUUUCAAGAUGCCAUGAUCAGCACAACUGGUCGUGCUAAACUUAUUGACUCCUUGGAGGCGAUUGUGAAAGGAACUCAACAGAAGCUAGAAAAGGUGCAGCUUGGGCUCCAUGCAGAGCAGAAAGCAUGUGACACUCUAAAGGAGAAAUACGCUGCUGCAAUAGCAGAGCAACGGCACCGAUCUUCUCUUCUAAAGGCUUUCCAGGAGGAAUGUGCAAGAAACGAAAGGCUUCGUAACCUGACUUCCGUGUAGAAUCACUUUCGGCGUUGCUUGGCGUUCCUGCGUCACUACAUUCCAAUUAUUGUUGAAUAAUAUCUUGUUAUGUGUUAUUUAUAGGUGGAAACCAAUCAGAAUCAUUUGGCAGAAAAUACAAAUUGGCUGUAAUUUGUUGAGAUUGUUGACUAGACAUAAGUUCCUACUUUAUGAAUUAGAUUCUUUAAAACA